ACUGUCAAUCACACCUCUGACUAUCAGGUUAGGUUGCGGGGCACAACUGAGAGAGUCUCAAACUGAACCGAAUUAGAGCAACAAGGAUACUAGCGGCUUUAUUUUCUUGUUUAGAGAAUUUUGAUAGUUAUAGCAACACAUUCACACCCACAGUGGGCUCAGCGGAACCGGCAGCAUGUCUGCAACAGGAGAUUUCGGCAACCCGCUCCGCAAAUUCAAGCUGGUGUUUCUGGGAGAACAGAGCGUGGGAAAAACAUCGUUGAUUACCAGAUUUAUGUAUGACAGUUUCGAUAAUACCUACCAGGCCACAAUAGGAAUCGAUUUCUUGUCGAAAACAAUGUAUCUUGAGGACAGAACAAUCAGGCUGCAGCUUUGGGACACAGCAGGACAGGAGCGUUUCCGUAGUCUCAUUCCCAGUUACAUCAGAGACUCUGCUGCUGCUGUUGUAGUUUACGACAUCACAAAUGUCAACUCAUUCCAGCAGACCACCAAAUGGAUCGAUGAUGUUCGAACAGAACGGGGAGGUGAUGUCAUAAUCAUGCUGGUGGGAAACAAAACAGACCUUGCAGAUAAAAGGCAAGUUUCUAUUGAGGAAGGAGAGAGGAAAGCCAAAGAACUGAAUGUAAUGUUUAUUGAAACUAGCGCUAAAGCCGGAUACAACGUCAAACAGCUUUUUCGGCGUGUAGCAGCAGCUCUUCCUGGUAUGGAGAGCACACAAGACAAGAGCAGAGAAGACAUGAUUGAUAUAAAAUUGGAAAAGCCGGCAGAGCAGCCAGUCAGCGAAGGCGGUUGUUCAUGCUGAGGAUUCAGUCAACAUUUCUGUGCCGUGUCUCUUAUUGAUGCUCUUAGUCGCAUUCAGCAUCUCUCUGAAUAUUUUGCAGAAGCUCCGCCCACCUGGAGGGAGUAGAACACUACCUGUCUGUCACCCUCGUUAACGUGGUUACCACUCACCUACUCAAAUGACUUUAAAUUCGAAAGCACAAUGUGGAUGUGUAUGCUGUUGCUUUUCUAUUAAUUGUUUCCGUUAAUUGUUACACCUUUUGUGGUUUUUUGGUUUUUCACUCUUUUAAAACACUUUAUAAAGUGUUGUUUUUGUCCAUGUUUCGUUUUAUGUGAAAUAAUACUUAUAUUACUGUAAUAAUGACGUGAAUAGGAACAAAACAAGAUAAAUAAAUGAAAUUACAGAACUAACGUGAGAAGGAUAUCCAGAUUUGAAUAUGCAAGGACUUGUUAAACAUCGUUCCAGAUUCACGUUGCAGAGAUGGAAGAAAUGUUUUUGGAAAUAUCCAAGUGUAGAUCUCAUCAUAUGUGGCUACAGGGCGUUACAUCUGUGACGUUGCUAAUGACUUCUUCUUCAUAAGGAAGAAAGAAAAGUGUAAAAACAAAUGUUUUUGGAGGAACAAGUGCUGCUUUUAGCUCAGUCAACUAUCAAGCAUUGCAAGGGUGGGGGUGGGGGGGGGGGUUCUCCUUAGAUGCCAUUUAAUUUUAUUUUUAUUCCUUAUUAUUUUGACCAUUAGAAAGCCAAUAGCUUAGUCAAAGAGAAAUACAGUUAUUGCAAAUAAAUAUUAUGUAUAUUACGGGAAGUAUCAGAUCCAGUUUAACAGAUAAUAUGCAGACAUUGCCUUUGAUGGUUUGAUUUUAUUCCACGUUUUUUUUUUUAAGCAUUGUAAAGUUUGAUUUAUUGUAAUAAUGACACACUAGAUAUGGUUUGGUCUGUUGAAUCAAGCAUGAACCCUAAUAUUUAUUUGUAAUGUCUUUGUUUUGUUUUUAAACACUGUUUGUUUUGUUUGUCAUAAUUUGUAGAUAGAGACGUUUAGACAUUCUGGCCUAAGCACCUGCCACGUAUUUCUUUUUUUUUUUUAAAUGUACAGUGAUAAGUUUGUCCCCAGACUGAUCUAAAUGUUUUUAUGAUAUAGUGUAUUUUAUGUAUUUUGUUUGAUUGUUUUCUUGAAAAGGUCUCCUUUCAAAUGGAUUUUAACCAGUUUCGUCUGGCAACACUGCUUGACACCAAUGCUCAUUAUUUGCACUGAAAACAUUGAGCAGAAUCUUGAGGCGUCCCUAAUAAAAUCUUGUAUUUAGCAA